UGCAGCAAUGAAUGCAAGGGUGACUACAUCGUCAAAGAAGGAGACCAGGACAGGAAGUCUAGUCCGUUGCUUCCAGCACACCGAUAAAUAUGCCCUUUGUCGAUUUGCAGAGCAAUUUACCAGAAAGCUCAUUCUCCGAAGAGUUUCUGGAAAAGCUCUGCUCAUUCGCUGCGGCUGUUUUGGGAAAGCCAGUUGACAGAAUGCACUUGAUCGUGAAGCCUGGGUUACCAAUGUUGAUGGCAGGAUCUUGCGCUCCCUGUGUAGUGCUGUCCGUAUCUGCUAUCGGGGUGACUGACACUGCUGACAAGAAUAAGGAGCACAGUGCCAAGCUCUUUGAGUUUCUGACCAGAGAGCUUGCUCUUACUGAAGACAGGAUCACCCUUCAGUUCCACAGUUUGCAGCCUCACCAAGUUGGAAAGAAAGGAACAGUGAUGAGCUUCCUGUAAAGCUGUCUGUAAUUAUGUGAGAGAAAUAAAAAACAAAGUUUCAAGCAGUUGAUGAGUUUUACUGAA